UAUUUUCAUUUUUGGUUCCCCUUUUUUAUAAACAUAAUGUCAGCUGUGAAGAAAAUAAAUUUCUGAUAGGAGCUACAUUGCUUUGAAGUGAGACCACGCAACCACGUCUUAUUAUUAUCAGUACCCCCCCGCUGGCGCAAAGCCUCUGAUAAAAAGAGUACGAUAAACCCAUAAAAGUGCCUGUAUGCCUGCCUCUGAGCAUGCAUGUGUGUGCGUGUGCAUACGCGUGUGUUCCAUACAGUUUUAAUAACAAAGCGAGAGUGAAAAGCGCAGCCCACAAAGAAUGUGGCUGAUUUAGCUUUCUCGAAUAUUCUCAGCAAAUUGCCAGUUCAAAAAUAUCAAGUUGACUAAAAUAACACACAAGCAAAGGCGCGACAUCAACCAUAAGCACACGCCAGUUAGCAUGGAUUUAUAUUGCUGGGGCAACACUGCCCAUGGCCAACUCGGCCUUGGUGGAAUAGAGGCCGAACAGAUUUUAAUACCGAGCCUAAUACCUUGGAAGCCGGAUGCAGCUGUGCAGCAAGUCGCCUGCGGCCAUCGACACACUCUUUUCCUGACGGCCAACGGCAAGGUUUAUGCCUGUGGCAACAAUGACCACUCACAAUUGGGUCAUGAUCGCCCCACCAAAAGGCCACGUAUGAUAUCGUCAUUUCUCCUCAUACCGGAGCUGGAGGACUAUGUGGUCACUCAGAUAGCGUGUGGCAGCCGGCACUCCAUGGCCCUGACGGAAUGGGGUCAGGUUCUCAGUUGGGGUGAUAAUGAUUGCGGCCAGUUAGGUCAGGCUACCGAUCAAGAGAUUAUAGAGCUACCCAAAAUUGUGCGUUAUCUGGUAUCAAAGACAGUGGUGCAAAUAGCUUGCGGCAACAACCAUAGCCUGGCUCUCACGUGCUGUGGCGAACUAUACUCAUGGGGCUCUAAUAUCUAUGGGCAGCUGGGCGUGAAGUCACCCCAAGAAUUAACACAUUGCAAUUAUCCCAUGAGAUUAACCACACUGCUGGGCAUACCGCUAGCCGCUGUUGCCUGCGGUGGCAAUCACUCUUUUCUAAUAUCAAAGUCCAGUGCAGUCUUCGGCUGGGGACGCAACAACUGUGGCCAGCUGGGGCUCAACGAUGAGAUGAAUCGCGCAUAUCCCACACAGCUAAAAACCCUGCGUACGUUAGCGGUGCGUUUUGUGGCCUGUGGAGAUGAGUUCUCUGUGUUCCUAACCAAUGAGGGUGGCGUUUUUACCUGUGGGGCCGGUGCCUAUGGCCAGCUGGGUCAUGGGUAUAACUCCAACGAAAUGCUGCCGCGCAUGGUCGUCGAAUUAAUGGGCAGUACUAUUACUCAAGUGGCAUGUGGCAAUCGGCACACACUAGCGUUAGUCCCAUCCCGCGGUCGGGUGUAUGGUUUUGGACUGGGCAGUUCUGGGCAGCUGGGAACACGCAGCACAAAAAGCAUUUCACUGCCCCAAGUGGUAAUUGGACCUUGGGUCUCACCUAGCGGUUCGGCCCUGCUGCAGUCAAACGAUGCACAGAUCUCUGUUGUGAUAAAGCAAAUCUUUUCAGGUGGCGAUCAAUCAGUCGUUACUACGACACUCUUUGUGGAUAAAAUUCCACCACUAGAUUGUCGCGUUUAUGACGUAAAAACUCAAAUACUCAAGCUUACGGCGGAAGCUACCAAGAAAUGCGCUUCAAUCAAACAGGAUGGUGAAAGCGAUUUGGAUCUGUUGAGCUCAAUGGAAUUAAUCUUUAAGAGUCAGUCCUGUUUGAACGGUUCGUUUCUGCUGGAGAAUGACAAACACUUUAAUUGCUCAGCGCGUAAUCCUGGCUUGGAUUUAAAAGCCGCUCAACAAGCUUUCGACAAUUUACGGAAUGUAGAGAACGACGGCAUUAAACAAGUGAUCUGGGACAACGUUAAGGAUCUUUUGGGAUCGCUUGUGGCUUCGCCGGCAGACGUGGAAAGCAUGCGAAUAUAUCUACUACUGCCAUUGUACCACGAAUUUGUCAAUUCCAAGCAUUAUAAGACAUUGCACGUACCCUUUAUUAAUGCCAUAUUCAACCUCACUGAGAAUCCCAAAAAGGUGCUGAAGAAGUGGUGGAGUCUGACGCCGCUGGACUACUUCGAGCAUAUGGUUAACACAUUUAUGCAUGUGGUCGUGCAUAUCGUAAGCUUUAAGCUUGGAAUUGUGGUCAAUCAUAGUGCGGAAAGGCAACCCCGGCUGCUGCCCUACAAUAAUGACUUGCAUAUGGUGCUGCGCCUCCUCGACAAAUUGGCUCGUAUUAACAAUGAGCGGGAGGAGCGCUUGAAUUACCAGCUCUUUCACUGGACCGAUCUGUCGGACUAUAUUGAUGUACAGCAGGAGUAUAUACGCUGGAUUAUGACUGAGAGCCCUCUUGAGUUCAAUAUUUGUAACUUUCCAUUCCUGUUCGAUGCGACCGUAAAAACUGCCCUACUCCAGGCUGAUCAGGCACUACAAAUGCACUCAGCAAUGCAGAACGCGGCGUCAAAUGCAUUUUAUAAUAUGCUGAAUUUCGGCCUUUCUGUGUCUCAAUUCCUUGUACUUAAUGUAACGCGAGAGAAUCUUGUGCAGGAUUCGUUGAGUGAGUUGCAGCGCUAUAGUCAAAGUGAUCUCAAGAAGCCGCUUAAAAUAAAAUUUCAUGGCGAGGAGGCGGAAGACGCUGGCGGCGUGCGCAAGGAGUUCUUCAUGCUGCUGUUAAAGGAUCUCAUUGAUCCCAAAUAUGGCAUGUUUAAGGAGUUUGAGGAUUCGCGCGUGCUAUGGUUUGCGGAUGUCACUUUCGAAACGAACAACAUGUACUUCCUCAUUGGUGUGCUUUGUGGUCUGGCAAUCUAUAACUUUACAAUUAUCAAUUUGCCAUUCCCGCUGGCCCUGUAUAAAAAGUUGCUAAAGGAGCCAGUGGACCUGAGCGACCUUCGUGAACUUUCGCCAUCUCUGGCCAACUCCAUGCAGUCACUGCUUGACUACGAUGGUGAUGAUUUCAAAGAGACAUUUGACCUUACGUUCGAGAUAUCGCGAGAUGUGUACGGUGAAUCCGAAACCAAGUGCCUUAAACCAAACGGUGAUAAAAUUCCAGUUACGAAGGAAAAUAGACAAGAAUUUGUUGAUCUUUAUGUGGAUUUUGUUUUUAAUAAAUCCGUCGAAUCGCAGUAUGAUGCAUUUCACAAGGGCUUUAUGAAAGUCUGUUCAGGUCGUGUGAUGCAAAUAUUUCAGCCAGAGGAACUAAUGGCUGUUGUUGUGGGCAACGAAGAGUAUGACUGGCAGGCGCUAGAAGACAAUUGCGAGUAUAAGCACGGCUAUACGUCAGGCGAUGAAACGAUCAAAUGGUUUUGGGAAGUAUUUCACGAUCUAACAGAGGCGGAAAAGAAAAAGUUCCUUUUGUACCUGACCGGAAGUGAUCGAAUACCCAUACAGGGUAUGAAGGCCAUAAAGCUGAUCAUACAACCCACGACGGAUGAUCGCUUCCUGCCCGUGGCACACACAUGUUUCAAUAUGCUUGACCUGCCGCGCUACAAAACCAAGGAACGCCUCAAGUUCAAGUUACAGCAGGCAAUACAACAAACUCAGGGCUUUAGUCUUGUAUGAAAUUUGGUUUGGUUUAUCAACCGUUUUGCAAUCUCUUGCAAAAGACACAAACAAAUGCAGGUAUUUGAAAAAUUGUAAAAAUAUUCUUACUGGAUUCAAUUGGAUUUACUAAUGUUGUAGAAGAAAUUGAGCAAGGCAAAAAGAAACAAACAUUGAUUAAAUCACAUAUGAUGUGAAUGUUUUAGGUAUAUACUAACAUUGUUAUGGCUUUAAAAUUCUGUAACCUAAGUUAUUUAAAAAUUGUUUAUAAAAUUUGUUGUACAAUAUGUGUGGUUCAUGCUAGGCCAUAUAUCUAAAAUAGGUUAAAUUGAUAAAUAAAUGCGAUUGUAUAAAUUUGAAA